UCUGUAUGUGUGUGUAGUUUUGUUGUUGGGUACUGGGUAGGGUUUGGAGUUUCAGUGCUUUGAAUGGAGAGAAGAUGAACAUUCACUCUAGUGGUGCUGAGAGCUUUGUCUGUGAGAACUGGAACAGUAGCAACCCUUCCAUGGUUUCCUUUGUAGGGCAUGAAAGUAACACUCAAAAGCAGUUUUGGGAUUGGGAGACCAAUCAAAACAACAACAACAGAAACCAUGGUAACCCUUGCAUCAACCCAACAACCGACAUCUUUGAUCGAAAUUGCAAUACCUUAACUUCAUAUUCUUCUCCUUCUGCUUCACCUUUUGUUACAAAUCUCAUACCUUACUCUCAAUUUGCCCAUUACUCAUCCACUGAUUUAUUGAAAAGAGAAGAAGAUAACUUUGGUAUUGAUGGGGGAAGCAGCAACUAUGUUUCUGGUGGGAGAAUUGGGUUAAACCUUGGCCACCGGACUUACUUCUCUUCAAGAGAUACAGCAGUGAUUGAUCGGCUUUUUCGAAGACCAAGAGGGUUUUAUCAGACUCAUCAAGUCCCUAGAUGCCAAGCUGAAGGUUGUAGAAGUGAUCUUUCAAAUGCUAAACACUAUCAUAGAAGGCAUAAAGUCUGUGAAUUUCACUCCAAGGCCAUCAAGGUUGUUGCUGGUGGCCUUGAGCAGCGUUUCUGCCAGCAAUGCAGCCGAUUCCAUGUGUUGUCAGAGUUUGAUGAAGCUAAAAGAAGCUGUAGAAAACGCUUGGCAGAUCACAAUCGGCGUAGAAGAAAGCCCCAAAUCGGUUCGUCAGAUACAUCGUCAGUAACUGCUAAACCUGCUGAAAAUGCAUUUCCACAGAUGGGUUCAUCAAUUUCUGGAUCAGUAAUAAAGGAGAAUUCUAGAACCUUUACUGGUGACUCAACUUCUAGUGUUAAAGAGACAGUAACCAAUGGUCCUGCCUUGUCUCUUGGAGGAGAAGAGAAUCAGAAUCAGAUCUCUUACAGUGUUGCUGAUGCUGCUGCUGCUGCAGCUACUCAUCAAAGAUCUUUCAUCUUCAAUAAUAAUAACAACUCAUCCUAUUCCUCUUCUUCUACAGCUUUAUUUCAGAGAGAGAAUAGCCUUUCAUCUUAUAACAAUCUGUUCAUCUCAAGCUCCAAUGAAGCGUCACAGUCCACAGGAGGUGUGGCAGAGCAGAACCAGCAUCCAGAGGAUAUGCAGAAUCUACUGCACUUAGGUCAAGCCAUGUUUGAAGUUGAGUUGCUCUGAUCCCUUCAAAUUUGUAACUCAGUAACUCUUACUACCUUGUUUUAGAUCCUAAAA